UCUAAUGUCAUUUUUAUGAAAAAAUAAAAAUGCAAUAUAAUCCAAACAAAAAAGUUGCUGAAAGAAUAAUUGUUAAAAAAAAGUAUUUGUAAAUACCAUAAUUUGUAUAUAUGAAAUGACAGAAACUUAUGAGAAUGAUCAAUCAUCCAAGUUAUCUUUAUGUCGACUUUGUGCUAAUACCAAUCAAAAUGGAACUUGCAUUUUCUCAGAAGAGGCGGAACAAAAUUUAAGCAACUUAAUUAAUAAAUAUCUUCCCUUGAAGGUAGAAAAUGAUGGAAAAUAUCCAGAUAAAAUAUGCCCUGGAUGUGAAAUCCAAUUGGAGGCAACAAAAUUAUUUUUUGAUCUCAUUAUUGAGGGACAGAACCAGUUGAAGUCAAUAUUUGAUAGUAAAAAUACCCAAACCAUACAAUUGGCAAAUCUUCAAAAUAUAUCAGGAACUUUACAAGUGCAGUCUGUUGAAACUGGAGAGAACUAUUUCAUUCAGAUUAUGGAGAAUACAUUAACUGAUGGUCCUCUGUAUACUGCUGACCAUGAAAUACUGGCAAAUAUGAAUAUAUUGAAAAAGGAAAAGAAAAAACGUGGAAGGCCGAGAAAACAACUAAUAGAUAAAAAAGAAGAAAUAAUUAAUUCAUUGAAAAAUGAGGAAGAUGGUCUGAAAACUGAUAAUAGUAAUAAUGAAUGUCUGGAUGAUGGAAAAAGGCAACGUAAAGUACCUGCCAGGUUUUCAGAAACAGUACAGGGGAAAGAGUUAGAUGAUAUUUUACGAAAAGAAGGUAUAGAAGAGGAGGAAAUAGGCUCAGAGACUUCAGUAAAAUUAGACACAGAAGUUAUAGGAAGAGUGGAAAAUCAAAAUGGGGAAGAGUUGGAAGAGGAGGUAAUAGUUACAAGGGUUUUGAAUGGAAAUAGAUUCAAAAGAAGUGCUACUAUCCCAAGGAGAAAACGACGAAGAAAAUUCAAAUGUGAUAAAUGUUCGGAAGAAUUCAAAAAUUAUCCAAGACUGAGAAUGCAUGUAGAAAAAGUACAUUUAAUAGUUGAAUCGAAUGAAAUGAAUGACACUGAUAAACUACCUGAUAUUGAAAAAUCACAAGCAAAAAAUGAAUAUGAAGAUGAUUCAUCUCGUACUCUAUUGGGGACAUGCAUUAAUUCAGAAUUUGAAGCUACCAAUGAUAACACAAAAGAUGCCUCUGAUGGUAAUAAGCAGUCUUUAAGUUGUGAACAAUGUAAUGAUCUCUUCAAUAGUGAGGAAGAUUUGAUUGUGCAUUUGGAAAGUAGUCAUCAAAAUGGAAAACGUUUUAAAUGUCCAGAAUGCAAUAGGGCCUUUUCAUAUGCGAAGACAUUCGAAAUGCAUCUGCAAAGGCACAAAAAAGGAAUAUUUUCUUGUGAGGUGUGUCUGAAAAAAUUCAAUCAUGCAAGCAGCCUAAUUUAUCAUCGCAAUGCAGAACAUAAUAACGGAAAACGGUUUGUCUGUAGUAAAUGCAACAAAACAUUCAAACAUCGUCAGCUGUUGCAUAGACACCAGUUGGUUCACACUGAAGAAAGACCAUAUAAAUGUAAUUUGUGCUCGUCAGCCUUCAAAACAAAGACAAACCUGAUUAGCCAUAAUUACAUACAUACAGGAGAAAAGAAUUAUAUUUGCUCCAGAUGCGGUCAAAGUUUUGCUCAUAAAACAUCCUUAAAUCUUCACAUGAGAUGGCAUCUCGGAGAGAAACCUUUCACUUGUGAGAUAUGUGACAAGAGAUUUUCCCAGAAGGGCAAUUUGAUGGAGCAUUUGAGAAUACAUACAGGUGAAAAACCUUUCUGUUGUGAGAUUUGUGGUCGAAACUUCACCACGUCCUCUCAGUUGAAAUUGCACACCAAACGGCAUACGGGAGAGCGACCCUGGAAGUGUGAAUACUGCCCUAAAACGUUUUUGCAUAAGGAUAGUUGGAAGGAGCAUUCGCGGAGGCAUUUAAAUGAGAAGCCAUUCAAAUGUGAAAUAUGUGAUAAAGCAUUCACCACUAUGUAUUGUCUGAAGAAGCACAUGAGAUUCCAUACUGGUGAGAAGCCACACUCUUGUAAUAUUUGUCUGAAAGGAUUUUCUGAUCUUUCAAACCUUACCAAACAUAAGAGAGUACAUGAACAAAAAUCAAUGGACAAUACAAGCCAAAAUAUGACUUUGCUCAAUACGGAUGCUGAUAAUUUGCUUUACGUCUAUUAUGAAACACCCAAAGAUCAAAACAUGGAAGUGCCCAUGGUGGACUUGGAACAAGCUCAGUCAGAAGUAGUUAUUAGCUCUGGUCAAGAUGUCCUUGAUUUUAAAGGAGAUUGCAUGCACAUACAACAACUUAUCGAUCAAGAAGGCAAUCCCUUAAGUUUGAACACACAAGAUGGACAGCAGAUAAAUGUAGUGACCAGUAUCACCAACGGUCAAGAAAAAUUGCAAGGAUUGUUACCAGAUGGCACACUAGUUGCUCUAGAUUUGCAGGAUUCUAAAGUUGAAAAUAUGAAGAGGCUUGUCGAGCAUGUUGAAGAAGAGCCCAACGUCUCGCAUUUACUUUUAGAUGGAAAUAUGACUUUUCUUAAUGAUCAACUUGACAAACCUGGAAAUGAUAUACUUGUUUCAGAACAAUCAAAUAUAUGCUUUGUUACAUAUGAUCCUAAUGCAUAAAGUAUGUAAUUGUUUUAAUAAAAUAAACUAUACAAAUCUU